AUGUCGUCAACCAAGGUCGUUGUUGUCGGAGCCGGACCUGUCGGCUCACUAGCAGCCCUGUAUGCAGCACAAAGAGGCUACGAGGUUGAGAUCUACGAGCUCAGAAAUGAUUUGAGAGAUCCUUCAACGGUACCAUUGAACUUCACCAAAUCCAUCAACCUGGCACUUUCAGUACGUGGCAUAACUGCUAUGCAAAAUGCAGAGCCAAAUACCCCUGAAGGAGAACGCAAACUCUUGGACCAUGUCCUGGCCGCCACCAUUCCGAUGAGAGGCCGCAUGAUCCACGGCAGGAAAGCAAAUGGAGAGUUGUACGAGGAGGCACAAGAUUAUGACGUCCACGGACGUACAAUUUUCGCUGUAGACCGCGGCGGCCUGAACAAGCGCCUCCUCGACGUGCUCGAGAGCAUGCCAAACGUCAAAUUCUUCUUCAACCACAAGCUCACAGGCGCAGACUUCCGCAAGCGCAAGGCCUGGUUCGAGCACAAAGACGGCUCCUCCGAGAGCCGGCCAAGGGAGACCGAGAUCGAGUUCGACUUUAUGAUCGGCGCCGACGGCGCUCACUCCUCCGUCCGGUAUCACAUGAUGAAGUUCACGCGCCUGGACUACGAGCAGCGGUACAUCGAUGCACAGUGGUGCGAGUUCCAGAUCCAGCCCAGGGAGCACUUCGACGCCGCCAACCCGAUGAGCCAGUUCCGCAUCAGCCCGAACCACCUGCACAUCUGGCCCGGAAAGGAGUUCAUGUUCAUCGCGAUCCCGUCCGAGGACGGCACCUUCACGUGCACGCUAUUUGCACCGGGGGACAAGUACGCGCACCUCGAGGCCAACCCGGCCAACGUUCCGGCCUUCUUCGACAAAUACUUCCCCGGCGUGACCGACCUCAUCUCCCCAGCAGAACUGGUCGACAGCUUCCAGCAGAACCCCCACCUGCCGCUUAUCACCAUCAAAUGCAAACCGCACCACUUCUCGUCCUCCGUCGUACUGGUCGGUGAUGCCGCACACGCCAUGGUGCCAUUCUACGGCCAGGGCAUGAACGCUGGCUUGGAAGAUGUGCAGACCCUCUUCUCAUUCCUGGACAAGCACGCUGGCGGGGACCGGGCCGCGGCUCUGGAUGAGUACACCGCCCACAGAGUACCCGACGCACACAGUAUAAACGACCUCGCGCUGCAGAAUUACGUUGAGAUGCGUGCCAGCGUAUUGAGCCCCACGUAUAGGUUGAGGAAGUUCCUGGAGGAGAGUCUAAGCAAGUAUCUGCCCAGUCUGGGCUGGCAGACCAAGUACAGCCGAGUGUCAUUCAGCAACGAGAGGUACUCGGAGGUCAUCGCAAGGAGUGACUACCAGGGCAAGAUUUUGAUGAGAGUCUUUGGUGCCACGGUCGGAAUACCCUUGGUGGCUGGUGGUGCAAUGCUGUGGUUCAGAUAUCGCAGGGUAAUCGAGACUGGGGUGAAGGUGGCGAUCGAGUGGGUGGUAAACACUGUCGGCCGAUAA